AUGUCGACCGCUAGAGCAAAGAUAGGCGACGUUGUCCUUGCCGAGACCGACGUCUGGGAGACCGUUGAAGGGAACGUAUAUUUCCCGCCAUCGGCUAUCAAAGACAAAUCAUCAUUUGUGGGCACUGAUACGACGACAUUCUGUCCGUGGAAGGGCCACGCGCAAUAUUACACGAUCAAACUCGGUGAUAAGGACGUACAAGACGCGGCCUGGUAUUACCCCGAGCCUUAUGAGAAGGCGUUGAAUAUCAAGGAUCAUGUAGCAUUUUACAAGACCAAGGUUCAGGUCACGGUCGAGUAA